CAUUUUAACUUUUUCCCAAAUAUAUUAUAUAUUAUAUAUAAUAUAAUGUAAUAUUCUCUCUAAGCCUACAAAACAGGGGAAAACAGAGUACAUACACAUCUCUCUACACAAGUUCAAAGUAGAGAGAGAGAGAGAGAGAGAGAUGAGGAGAUCAUCAACCACACUUCUCUUUGCCUUUUUCCUCUCCCUUCUUCUUCUACAGAGGCCCAUUUUUGCAUCUAAAAAGUCUUAUGUGGUGUACCUUGGAGACCACAUCCAUAGUGCAAAGGAGUCUCCUUUAGAAGAAGAAGAAGCAUACAAAAGAGCAACAGAGUCUCACUAUGAUCUCCUCUCCUCUGUUUUAGGAGACAAGGAGGAGGCCCAAGAUGCCAUAUUUUACUCCUACACAAAACACAUCAAUGGAUUCGCGGCGAUGCUCGAAGAGGAGACGGCGAACGCGAUCGCAAAGUACCCUGGGGUGGUAUCAGUGUUUCCAAAUAGAGGGCACAAGCUACACACAACAAGAUCAUGGAAAUUCAUGGGGUUGGAGAGAGAUGGUGCAGGAGCAGUUGCAGGGGACUCAUUGUGGACUAGGGCAAGGUUUGGAGAGGACACCAUUAUUGCAAACCUUGAUACUGGUAUUUUUUUUUUUUAAAUUAAUUUAUUUUAUUAUUAUAUUAUUAUUCUAACUUUUUUUUUCUCCAUUUUUUUUAUUGCUUUUUAGAGAUCAUUAUGCAUAAAAAUGCACUAGUUUUAAUUGGUUUGCAAAUUAGCUAGUUAUGUGCAUUUCAUGAUUA